AUGCCUCCCUCACCCAGGACCUCUACAGAAGACCUGCAACCACUCAUUUGGCUUCUUCAAUCCUUCACCUUCGGCAAAGACCAAAAGACUACUGGUCCUGCGGACCUGUUCUUAGAUCGCGCGAACGCAGAGUUUGGGUUCAUCCGGUAUAGUGCCCACAAUGUCGCGGCGAUUCUACGCUUUCCUGACACAGAUGAACCCAUGUACUUCCAAGCCGAGGGUGUGCCCGCAGCAGCUUGGAGGGAGAAGUGCAAGAAGGUCUGUGACCUCUUCCAGCAUCUGCAGCUUGACCUAGAGUUUGCUUCGCCAGAUCUCGAUCGCUCGUUUCUGGACAUGUUGGGAGACAUUAUGUUGGCAGCAGGCAAUCAGUUCUACACCUAUGAAGUUCCGCCAAAAGUCGCAUUUAUGAAGGCCGACUUCGACAUGGAACAGCAGGGCUUCAUCAGUCGCGCUACGCAGCCUUGGAUCGCAGUUCAAAACGAGUCAUCCGAGUGGCCUCGUCUCCGCAAAACGGGUGAGUGGUCAGACUUCACCAUUUUCGCAGGAGGCAGCCAGUUUCCAGUGCAUCGCGUCAAUAUUUGCAAAGAAUCGAAUUACUUCAAAGUGGUAUGCAGCGGCAGGUUUCGAGAAACCGCCCAACAGUCUGUCAUCCUACCAGAAUCAGCAAGAAUCGUAUCGACCCUGCUCGACGAAAUGUAUGGCGUCUACAACCCGACCACCGGUUCAAUUCUCACCAACUUUGCACCUUGCAAGGAGAUAGAAAAAGAGCAUAUGUUGAACCGACUUCUUGAUCUCUUCAUUGCCGCGGACAAAUACAACCUCGAAGCUAUCAAGCGCAAGUCUGCAGAAGCCAUAAUCGACCGGCUCGCUUUCGUCAACGAUGCGCUCAUGAUCGUCGACCUCGCCACUUUCAUCUACUACGAGAGGUGUCCGGAGAACGAUCGCGGUUUACGUAAAGCCAUCAUUACGUGUAGCGCGUGGAAAGAAUUCUCAGAGAACAAGGAUGUGUUGAGAGCGUUUCAUUCGCAGAUGUGUGAGAUGGAUGGUGGUGACAGUAGUAAUGGUAAUGUAGUCAGGAUUGGGGCUGGGAUGACGACGCCGCCUGCUUCGCCGAAUACGAUAGCUGAGCGGUAA